GAUGAGUUCCAUCCAUUCAUUGAGGCUCUUCUUCCACAUGUCCGUGCAAUUGCCUAUACAUGGUUCAACCUCCAAGCCCGUAAACGCAAGUACUUCAAAAAACACGAAAAACGAAUGUCGAAAGAUGAGGAGAGGGCAGUCAAGGAUGAGCUUUUGAGCGAGAAGCCAGAAAUCAAGCAGAAAUGGGCGUCCAGGCUGCUAGCCAAGCUACGCAAAGACAUCCGCCAGGAGUACCGGGAGGAUUUUGUGCUCACCGUGACUGGGAAGAAGCACCCCUGCUGUGUACUAUCAAACCCAGACCAGAAAGGCAAGAUCCGGAGGAUCGAUUGCCUGCGACAGGCCGACAAAGUCUGGCGUCUGGAUCUGGUCAUGGUCAUCCUUUUUAAAGGUAUCCCCCUGGAAAGUACGGACGGGGAACGGCUCGUCAAAUCACCGCACUGCACAAACCCAGCACUUUGCGUCCAGCCACAUCAUAUAACUGUAUCGGUCAAGGAACUUGAUUUGUUCUUGGCGUAUUAUGUACAGGACCAAGGUAAGAGUCAGUAG